GACGGCGAGGGCGGCGUCGGUGGCGGCUGUACGCUCCACGGCUCGGAGACGGUGGCGCGCCAGGAGCCCGCGCGUGGGCCCAAGCGGCUCUUGGCGCUGCGCCGCCACGUCUUCGAGGGAACCGUGGCCCUCACGGUCGACCGUGACAUUCGGAGGCCGGGCUGGCAGGGCGACGGCGGCGACGACGCUCCUCCAGCUCCCUCAGCCUCCGAGCUAGAAGCUGGGCGCCUCUGGCUCCGUGACACGUUCGGGCCUGGCUCCCCGUGGAGGGCGUGGGCCAGGCAGGAGCGGCAGCGGAGGCGCGAG